AUGAAGAUCCUUAAGACGGAUUUGAGUAUCUGCUUUCAUUCACUACGAAAUAUCGAUAUCGUAACGGAAGGUUUCAUGUUCCUGGCCGUAACUUUUGAACAUCCACAACCACCUGGCUUGUUGGCCAUUAGGACAAAUAAGUAUAUUUCUAUGAACACAUCGAAUACAUAUCUUCAUCCAGAGUAUCCACCCGCUAACCAUGAGAACGGUAUGCGCACUGCCGUUUUUGCAAUACGCUAUGCAGAUCAGUUGAUAGAUUUAAACGUUCAGCUCUGCUUCUCCCUGUUCCACGUCUACAACAUAGACUCAUCUUCCAUCAUAUCGGUAUCUCUCUAUGGAAAAGCCAGGAAAUCGGUGACCAUGCCGCCUAAGGCGGACCUGCCCCUUUCCUCGUUCAAGAGGCUUGUCAGGAAAAGAUACCGCCUUAAUUCUCUCCUGCUUCCGUGCAUUACAUGCUUCUCGGAACACAUAAGCUAUACCUUCUUUUCACAUGUGAGUACAAUAAUUAGUUGGUACCCCGUAGAGGUGCUGGCUCUCCCAGAUGAUAAGAUCACAGCCCUUUGGCUUCAUAAGCCUGAGUGCUUGACAGCCUUUCUUAAACUCAUGUUCUCCACCGAGACAACCCUUCAAUAUGAUGAUUUGGUGAGCAUACCUGAGGCUCAACCAAGAAAGUACCUUUCUCCGGAGAAACUAACAAAUGAUUUUGAUGACCUGCUGUCCGCGCCAGUCCCUACAGUCACAGACACUGUCCAGGUACUCAACUCCGCCAUCUUCAAUUCUAGUCAGAGGACUAUUGAUCUAGCUUUUUCUCAGGAAUCUUCAACGCCUGUGCAUGUAACACUGAGGUUCUCAGGAGAUGAGCUUGGACCUCCUAUGUCAACAGACCCCCUAGUCAACCUCUCGGGGAGAGAACAUAUGUUCCUUGAGACCCCUGCGCAUCUUAGAAAAAUACUAUCUCAGUGCAAUUCCACACCAGACAGUUUUGACUUUGCAACAUUGAAGCGUGUGACUCUUAUUUUCUUUAAGCUUUACUAUCUUAACAAGAUUGCUAAUAUCGGCACUUCCAAUUUGCUUGACACCUAUGUGCAAAGAUAUACCACUUUACCUGAAGAAAGGUUGGAUUCAAUAUACUUUUUGGAGUGUAAGAAGUAUACUAGAUUGAUUCUAGAAUCUUCUGAAGCGUCCAUUGCAGCGGUAGCUUACGAUACUCUAACACACUACUUUGAAUCAAAACUGCCUAUCUCAUCGUUGGAAGACUCCCCAAAGAGUAAAAGCUUUGCCGAGCCCAGCUCUACCAUCGAAGACCCGCAAGAACGCCGGGCACCAAUCAUUAAACAGAAAAGCGUUAACUCUGUAUCCACUGCCCUGAAUACAUCUACACACAACUGCUCUCCCGACAAGGUGGACCUUUACACAUCGGAUUACAUGAAAGCACUUCUAGAACGAGAAACCAUCAAGCUUAAAGCCAUACAAAAUAAAGCCAAGCACUUACUAAGUCAUACCCUACAACCGGACGCUUAUAGCUCUGCUGAGCGAGAUUCAGGUCCUGAAAAGAAGCGACAGAAGGCAUCGAGUAGGGCUUUUAGAGCAAAAAGAGGAUCCAGUCCUGCCAACUUUCCUCCUUGUGUCUUAGAGCCCAAAGAUGACUCCAAACGAAAAGGAACGGAUAUAGAGUUAGCCAUGAUGAAAACAAUAAAGGACUCGAUGGCUUCAUCGAACGCUAAGUUCAACGAUGUAUCCCAAGAGCACCAGACUCCAUCGCUACCACCUUCUCUUUUGUCUAUUUCAGAUACCAAUUCCACUAAGGGUCUACUCUUGUUAGUGGAGCGAUACAGAGAUGAUCUCUUUCCAAUUGAAUUAAUAUGGGGCUCAGACUCUCCUUCCCGUGUGUUUACAUUUCCUCCUAUCCUAUCUCUUACAAAAAAUGUGCAUAAGGACAUUCGGUCAGUGCCUAUGAAUAUAGAGGAGCAACCAUCUAUAACCGACUUGGUUAGACAGAAGAGACAGAGCAGGGAUCUCUAUGUGUUCGCGCACGGUUAUCGGGGCACGUACUGUGACUUGCGACUAAUGUCUAAUUGCCUCAUGCAGUAUGCAAUAGUUCACGGCACGAUGCAGAAGCAGUGGUUUCCCAAACAACCACAUGUCCUCCUGAGCAGAUCAUAUCAGGAGCAUACACAGAGUAGCAUUCUCGAAUUGGGGAUUAAGCUAGCUGAAGAGAUAAGGGAUUACAUCCAGACCCGGAAGACUAACGUAGGUCGCAUAAAUAUGGUGGGGCACAGUAUGGGAUGCUUGGUCAUAGAAGCGUGCAUCCUAUCAUCUGCGUUUUCUGGAUUUCUCGACCUUCUGAAUAAAGCCGUUUUUCUGAACGGACCCCUGGCUGGUGCUAAAGGAGGUAACGGGCUUGUCAGAUUUGGGAUGACCUUGAUGUCAUCCAACAGCAAAGAAAUCUCCUUACGAGAGCUUAUGGGAGGCAAGCUUACGAAAAAGCAGCUUGAGUGCAUGUAUUAUAGCUAUCCAUUUAUGAAGGAUGUCCCCCAUGAUGCCAAUCUAUUGAAGGAAUUGACCAGCGUACCCCUGCUGGAGAUUCUUGCAAAGCACAGCAAUCUCGGUCGAUUUAAAUCUAUUUAUAUGAUUUCAUCUCUCCAAGAUGGAUACGUUGAUUUUAGAAGCGCACUGCUUCUUCCUGACGGUAAGAGCAAGGGGCCUGAGAAAGAGAAGCAUCACAUAUUUCUAGACAAGGUAGCUAAGGUGCCCACAAAGAGGCUUCUGUAUGAUUUAUCAGUUAUGGAUCCUAUGCUACAAGGGUCCACAAAAAUGGAUAGGAGAACCGGGCGAGAUGCACACAUAGUACACAUGUCAGACUAUAAUCUUAUGCACACACUUGUACAAGAAGUCUUUGGAAAAGACAUCUCAUAG